AACAACAACCUCCGCCCCCUUUUCAUGAAAACAUUGAAGAGAGACGGCAAUGCAGUCAGUUUGACAGCUUCAGCCAUCGGCGAAUCUUUGCGGGGUCAAGAGAGAUUCCAAGACAGCAUCAACAUGAUUCUGUUCAUGCUCUUCCUCCCCCUCAUGCUCUUCCUCCCCCGGCACACACACCAGUCCUGCACGGUGGGCUCCCCCAAACAGUGUCUCCACGCAGAACUGGCUCCAGGCACCAACCUAGCCGGGGAAGGCUUCGAUAUCACCGGGAUGAAGCGCAAGGGUGCGUUUGUCCUGGACGUGAAUGAGUGGAAACGCAAGGACAAAACGUGCACCCUGUGCAUCAACCCCUUCCUGGGGAAGGCCCGUCAGAAGCUUCCCCUGUCUGUGGUGGAUUGGAGGCCAAAGCGGUUCUGCAGAUUAAACGAGGCCAGUACACUUCACAGAUCCAGUGAGGCUCUCGUCAAUUCCAUUACUUCCAUAGUGGAAAAUAAUUGGCGGGCCAGUCUGAGUGUGAAUGCUACAAAAUACGGUGCACAACUGAUGAUUGCUGGCACCCAGUCAAAACUGGCUCAGUACUCCAUGCAGAAAACCAAGACGGACAAGUUCAGCUUCGUCAGCCAGGGAAUGUCCUGCGAGUACUACAGCUACAGGGUGUCCGGCAAGCCAAAGCUGCAUGCUGAAUUUCGAAAAGCACUGAAGGAGCUCCCAAAGACCUACAGCCCUCGAUACAAGCAACGUUUUUAUAAACUGAUUGACAACUUUGGCACACAUUACAUCACAAAGGUGAAACUGGGAGGAUCUGUCCAGUCCAUCACCAGCAUCAAACAGUGCCAGGCCAGCCUGCAGGGCCUCAGCGCAGAGGAGGUGCAGAUGUGCCUGGAGGUGGAGGCGUCUCUCACCUUCAAAGUGACCAAGAAAGCCGGCUACAAACACUGCAAGAACGACACCGACAAGACCGAGAGCAAGGCCAGCUUCUCCAGCCUCUUCAACGACAGGUUCACAGAUAUAAAGGGGGGUCACACCAGUGACGUGGACCUUCUCUUCUCUUCAGGCAAAGACCCAUCAGCCUACAAGGAAUGGCUUGAAACGGUGCCACACUACCCAGACAUUAUUUCCUAUUCCCUGGAGUCCCUGCACGAGUUGCUGCCGCCUAACAGCCCCUCAAGGAGGAACCUGCGAGCGGCCAUAAGCCACUACAUCCUGGAGAGGAGUCUGAUCAUGAACUGCAGUGGGCGCUGUCAGGACGGCAUCAGGAGCGACUCCAGGGACCCCUGCGUCUGCCAAUGCCACAACAACCGUGCAGUAACCCAGGACUGCUGCCCGAGCCGAGCCGGCAUGGCCCGGGUCAUCAUAACCAUCCAACGAGCUUCAGAUCUAUGGGGAGACCACAACACGGCCACCGACGGCUACGUGAAGAUGUUUUUCAACAAACAGACGUAUCGCUCUCCCGUCAUUCUCAACAACAACAACCCCCACUGGGCCACCAUCUUUGACUUGGGCACUCAAGAUCUAUCGGCAGCCCCGAAAGUCAGAUUUGAAGUGUGGGAUCAGGACAGCGGCUGGGACGACGACCUCCUGGGACAAUGUGAGCAAAUCCUGAAGGCGGGAGAGACGCAGGACGUGUGCGCCAUGCACCACGGCCAGUUCUUCUACAAGUGGGACGUGAGAUGUGCUCCCAGCCUGGGCGGUGAGACAUGCACGGACUACAAGUCUUCGCCAAUGAGCCAGAGCCUGAAGAGCAUGUAUGUGUCCCGCCACGCUCACCCUGUCCCCCAAGACAUCCUGUUAGAGAUGGGUGUGCUUGAACCGCUGACAUAAUCACGUGUAAUGCUCCCGGUAGUUAAAGCAGGACAGUGAGCGCUUUUACCAUCAUUACUGCGUGCAAGCUAGCUCAUGUGACUUCAAUACUUUUUAUGCAUUUAUGUGGUGUUUACUGUAAAACAAUA